UGCGGCUCGCCAGCUGCAGGGGCAGCAGCUCAGUGACUACACAUUGAUCAGUGAGGGACAUGGCAGGAGAUGGCGAGGGGACUGAGCAGACUGCAAUCACCGCCGCCGCUGCUCUCCUAAAGGGGAACGGGCCUUGAAGCGCAGUGACCCCGAGCCCCGUCUGUCUAAUGGUAAUAAGCGGAGCGGAGGACAAGUUCCAGUGUUCCCGGGACGUGUCACCCACACGCCACAUACAUGUGCUGUCCACACGCCUGCACGCCUCAUCAUGAACGUCCAGCUGACCAUGGACAAUAUGGGCGAUCUGCACGGGGUGAGCCAUGAUCCGGGAUCGGCCACUGCUGAUCUGAUGACCGGCAGCCCCCACCACAGAGGACCGGUGACACACCGCAGCAACCACCUGGCUGCUCAUCCCAGAUCCAUGGGCAUGGCUUCCAUCCUGGACGGAGGAGAAUACCACCAUCACCACCACCGGCCCCCAGACCAUGCCUUAACGGGGGCACUGCACCCCACCAUGACCAUGGCGUGUGACACCCCACCGGGCAUGAGCAUGAGCAGCACCUACACCACCCUCACCCCUCUGCAACCCCUGCCACCCAUCUCCACCGUGUCAGACAAGUUCCCCCAUCAUCACCACCACCACCACCACCACCAUCAUCCCCACCAGCGGAUACCGGGCAAUGUCAGCGGCAGCUUCACCCUCAUGAGGGAUGACAGAGGGCUGACUUCCAUGAACAAUCUCUACACCCCCUACCACAAGGAGGUCACCGGGAUGGGACAAAGCUUGUCGCCGCUCUCCGGAUCUGGUCUUGGGAGCCUCCACAAUGCCCAGCAAGGCUUGCCUCACUACCCUCACCCCAGUGCCACCAUGCCUACCGAGAAAAUGCUCACCCCCAAUGGCUUUGAAGCCCAUCACCCUGCCAUGUUGACCAGGCAUGGUGAACAACAUCUCACCCCGCCAUCUGCUGGCAUGGUGCCUAUCAAUGGGAUCCCUCAUCACCCUCAUGCCCAUUUAAAUGCCCAGACUCACGGGCAAAUCCUGGGCUCCACAAGGGAGCAAAACCCUUCAUCUGUGACUGGAUCACAAGUCAACAAUGGAAGUAAUUCAGGGCAAAUGGAAGAAAUCAAUACCAAAGAAGUGGCUCAGAGAAUCACCACCGAGCUCAAGCGGUACAGCAUCCCCCAGGCGAUCUUUGCGCAGAGGGUGCUGUGCCGCUCCCAAGGGACCCUCUCAGAUCUGCUGAGGAACCCCAAACCUUGGAGCAAACUCAAAUCUGGCCGGGAGACCUUUCGCAGGAUGUGGAAGUGGCUGCAGGAGCCUGAAUUCCAGAGGAUGUCAGCUCUCAGGCUAGCAGCUUUGGUACCAGCCGAUCCGGUAUUUCAGCACUCUGGACAGUUGCCUGCAGACUCCCUGGUUAAAAUCGGCUACCCAUCUCAAAGCACCCAGUCUAAUCACUUGUCAUGUAAACGAAAAGAACAAGAUCAUGUUAAAGACAGAGGGAAUACACCAAAGAAACCAAGGUUGGUCUUCACAGAUGUCCAACGGAGGACUCUACAUGCAAUAUUUAAAGAAAAUAAGCGUCCAUCCAAAGAGUUACAAAUCACUAUUUCCCAGCAGCUUGGCUUGGAGCUCAGCACAGUCAGCAACUUCUUCAUGAAUGCUCGCAGAAGGAGUCUAGAUAAGUGGCAAGAUGAGGGCAGCUCGGGAAAUACAUCAUCUUCAUCAAGCACUUGUACCAAAGCAUGAAGGAAAAAAACAACAAAAAAACACCAAAAAAAAAAUUAAAAUUAAAAAAGAAAAAAGAAACUACAACCUCGGUGGAAAAGCUUUAAUACAAAGGACAAGGACCUCACAAAAGCAGGUUUAUACUUUCAAAACUAUUUCAAACCAAAAUUAUUUAUAAAUCCAAAGAAACCAAAGACUCAAUUCUCCUGUAUAGUGAACUUUUCUUCUUAAGACAUUUUUCAGGAGAACGACUUGCAAAAAAAAAAAAAAAAUACUAAUAAUGAUGAUGAUACAAAAUCCCACUGGCCUUACACCUUCAAUCAUCAUUUCCACCUUCACUGUAGUUUGCCGUCUGGUGGUUUGGAGCAUUGUGAUCUCUUGUCAUUGAAUGGACUUUUUCUGAUAUGGGUUUUCAUUGCCACCACACAUUGAAACAUGAAGGUGUAUGUUGUAUCAGUACUGUAUACAAUCCAGUGGUAACGAACGUGGUCAUAACUUGUCUACAGGUUGGGAUAUGGUGUGACCUACAAGUCGUCUUGAGUUCAUUGGAACGGAGUUGUAAUGGUGUCGUUUGAGCCUAAAGGGUUUUCAAAUGACUGAAUGGCACCUAGACCUGUGCAUUCUCUUUGUUUGUUAAGAGUUCGUCCGAAAAUAGUGAUACAACCUCUCCCACAAGUGCAACAUACCAAAGAACAUGUUUAGAAUAGUAGUCCAGGUGUUUUAUUCCAGUGAUUUUAAUAUUCCAGUGAUAUUUUUACAUAAUGUUGUAUGAAGAAGUGUAGGUAUAAACAAUUCUAAUUUCUUACUAGAGAAAAAUGAAAACUCACAAGCAUUCAUUAUAACCAGGACUGUUAUUUAUAAGGAAACAAAAUAAUAGGGAUGUGUUUCUCAUUGUAGUUAUUUGAGGCUACGAUCUGCUCGAGCACAAAUAUUUUCAGUUUGUCUAAUAUUUUUUACCCACAUGCCACAGUCCAGCUCUUUGUAUAUCUGGUGUAUGUGUGAGUAGGUUUGUAUGCGUGUGUUUGUGUAUGGGUAUGUGGUCUUUAAAAUAUUUCCAUUUCCUGUAUCAGGCUUUAUAACCCACUCCACUAAGAAUCAGUUGAAGGGGUUUCCAGAUGUUUGAUAUUGAUGAUCUAUCCUCAGUAUAGGUCAAUAUCUGAUGAUGGGGUUCCGACUCCUGAUACCCACGCUGAUUAGCCGUUGGAAGAGCCUUGUCCUAGGCCUGUGAAGUCAUGUUCAUUGGUCACAUGGCCUAGACACAGCUCAGUGUCAGCUUCAAGUGAAUGGGGCUGAGUUGCAAUACCAAUCACAGCCACUAUCCAAUGGAUGCCUCUGUCCUUGGUAAACCGCUCAAAACUGGUGAGGAAGCUGGAUGUCAGGCCCUCACUGAUCUGAUAAUCAUGACCUAUCCUAAGGAAAGGUCAUAAGUAUCAAACACCCUGAAAAUCCCAUGGUUUGUCCCAAUGCCAUCAAUCCCUACAUCCUUAAUUGCCACAUAAUAGCAUAUAUAACAAUAUAAAUCGGUCACCCUCAAUAGUAUCAAGCUGAGAAUUUUUGGGUGGUUUUCUGGUUUCUUGUUGCAAGACCAAGGCUAGUGUAGUAUCCUUCAACAACAGGAAUGCAUCUGUAAAUUUGUGCUCGUAUUUCAAGAAUUUCUGAAUUUUAAUCAUCCUGUAGAAGUAUCCAAAGAGCAGUGACAACAAACCAAAGACUUGUAGUAUCUGUUAAAGAGUCGCCUUCUAUUUUUUACUUCCUCUACAUAGCAGGCUUAGACAACCAAUGAGCUGGUUGUGGCAUGGUGUGCAAGAUUGGUUACACAACUGCAGCAUACUCACUGGUUGCCUACACCUCCUAUACAUUGAUUUGAAUAGCUCUUGACAGCCUUUACUUCAUUGGGUGAUCACUAGGUGGUGGCAUCUUGAUGACUUGAUGAUAACCGGUUGACUAAUGUUUGUAAAACCAGUUACUUAUUGUUUGUUUUGGUUAACAAAAAACGUAGAGAGGCCUUUUUCUAUUUUUUACUUGCCAUCCUCAAGGUAUCAUAUUAUUGCCUUAUGCAAUUCCCCUUAAUAAAAAGCGCUAUGAAUUAGUAGGCCCAGAUUAGACCCUUCCAUUGUAACAUGAAGUCCAACAACCAGUUUUGUUUCAGUGACAAUUUUCAUAUCUAAUUCCAAAGACCGCUAGAGUUGCACAUUUAUAAAAUCAUAGACUUUAAAAAAUAAAUCCGUUGAUAUUUUUGCAGUUUUCUAACAAUGGCCUAGUUUCUAGUGUAAAUGUUUUGUUGCGAAACCAGUAAAUCCAUUGCUGAUACCAAAGAGUUAUGUCAAAUAGCAAUGAGGUUCUACUGGUAUGCAGUUUCCAAACAUCCUUUACUCGUGCACAAUGGUAACUAUUCCAUACUGUAAAUACGCAUGUAUCCCUCCUCUGUACUCCAUACACAGAAAUGUUUCCUUAAAGGGGUUGUCCAGGUCCAAGUAUGUAACAUUUAAUAAAAAUCUAUCAGAAAGAUAAAAAAAAAGCUUCCUAAUGUACAUCAUCAUGUUUCAGAUCUGCCAUUUUUUUUAAG